AUGGUUCGAGAUCGUAUAGUAUUUGGGGUGAGUGAUAUUCGAUUAAAAGAACGAUUGCUUCGUGAAUCGUCUGAACUCACUCUUGAAAAAGCUGCAAGUUUGUGCCGAGCGGCGGAAGAAAGUGCGAAACAGCUCAAAGAGCUUCGGAAGCAAAAUGUUGAUCCAAGUGAACCGGAAGUUCACGUCGUAAAGAAACCCACUCGAAGUGAGUUGCUAUUUGUUUGUAAUAGAUGUGGAACUAAGCAUGCAAGUAGUAAUAUAGGUACCGUUCGACCCGGAUUUUUGAGGGGCAGAAGUGAGCAGGAGGAUUGAGGAGUGAGGAGGAGGAGCUGCCUCCUCCGCAGGCCCUCGUUGUGUCAUGGGAAGGUCACGAUUUCGAGAGGGCCUGCGGAAUCUUGUAAAAUGAAUAAAUGUUGUUUUGAACCUGCUUCGUUAAAGAAGGCAGUUUUAUUCGUGCAACGUUGGUGUGGACAACAAACCUUAUCGUUAAAAAAUGCUUCCUUCCACGUCCUAAGAGUCGCCAGUUUAAUUUAUAAGUUUCACACCGCUUUUUUAUAUCUGUUUAUAUUCAAGAUAUGUAGAAAUUUACUUGCUGACGUGACGCCGGCGCCAUCUUUUUUACAAGAUUCCGCAGGCCCUCGCCAGAUCGUGACCUUCCCAUGACGCAACGAGGGCCUGCGGAGGAGGCAGGAGGAGGAGUGAGGAGGAGGAUUGAGGAGGAGGAUUGAGGAGUGAGGAGUAAGGAGGAGGAGUGAGGAGGAGGUGUGAGGAGGAGGAUUGAGCAGUGAGGAGGAGGAGUGAGGAGAAAUGAGGGUGCGUAGUGACAACACUCAUUAGCAUACGUCAUAAUUAUAUACAAUGACGUCACGCGGGCGAGCUUAAACACGAUCAGGUGAAACUUGCUGACUAAGCAUUUUUUUAGCGCCCCACACAUGUGUGAUACAACAGAGGGAUUAAUCUUGGCUUACUAUGAUUGGUUUGUGUCCCUGCCCAUGGCAAAAUUAUUAUCGAAAUUAAUAUAAGGCAGAGUUAUAGCCGUAUCUUUGCUCGGAAGAGAUAAAUUUCCACAUGUAUAUUAAAGGAUUUUUUGUGUGUUCCAUAGCGAGGAAUCUAUUCGUCACAAAAAUCAAGACAUAUUUUAAACUAAACAGUUCCUAAUCCCGAGUUGUCAACGUCGUUGUUAUGGUCAAUAUUUGCAUGUUGUUCAAGAUUAUUUAGCAAUCCUCCUACAUACAUAUAUACUGUUCAGAUAAUCAUAAGAAAGCUCAUCAAGAGUAGAAGUUAGAAUUAGAACAGUUGUAAUAUUUUUUGACACUAUCGUCUGUUAUUUGUAUCAAUAAACAUGUUUUAAACUUUGCAAAUGUUGCGUUGUUAUGCGUUGCUAAGUCAUUAGGAGGCGUGUAGGUAAUUAAGGGGAUUAAGGUAAUACGAAUUUGCAUAACUAAGUGUAUCCCGAUGGAUAGAUAGGGAUUAUUUUUAACGCAGGUGUAUACCUUAAAAUCCGGCGCGUUGCUUUGCGGGUACAUGCAUAUAUUAAACUACAACAUAUUUGUACACGGAUCUUUUCGCGCGGGCGGAAAGAGCGGGCUUUCCAGGUAAAUGUUUGCACAAUAUUUCAGUUUUAGAAUACAUUUACUUCUUCAAAUUGUUUUACAAAAUUUAGUAAGGUCUACUUCUAAGAGCGUAACGUCUGAGUGUUUUUGUUAUUUUUAAAGAGUUCUCAUAUUCUUGUCUAUCUUCUGGGGAUAACUUUGCAAGUUUUUCCGGCUUCAUUGGAAUAUAUUUCGGUCUAUCGCUCAAUAUAAAACGUUCAUAAUCCUCUCUUGCUUCCGGAGUCAUUCGCGCUAUGUCACGUUCGGUCCAAUCUGCUGGGUCGACCCAAUUGUGAAAAAAAUUGCGCUUGAGUUUUGGCCGUUCCUCUUCUGUUGGUGGUGGUGGUGUAAGGAAAUUAGGUUUAGGAGUAGCAGGCACUGAUGGUGCUAUCUCAACAAAUCCAUUGGGUGGUGGUAUUUCUGCAGGCACUAGUGGAGUUGUCUGAACAGGAGCUUGAGCUUGGACAUCCAUCUUAUUUUUGAAUGUGAGAAACCGAUUUAGUUGAUCCGAAUAUAAUUUGCUUUUUUCCACUGCGCUAAGCUGUGUUGCAUCCAUGAUUUCUUUCAUUCGCUGCUCGGCAUCAUACAUGGCAUUUACAAGUGGUGGUUGUCGAUACGACUGUUUUUGUAUAAACUUUUCAAUCUCACCGGGAAGUAUGUUGGUCUUGAGUCGUUGAUGAUCAUCUGUUCUUGGCUUUAAAUCCAACAUCAAAUACCCAUGAGGUCGGCUCGUAGCAUCUUCAUAACUCCUCAUAAAUUCUUGUACUUUUCCGGAAUUUAUUUGCCUUGCAAGCAUAGAAAUUUGUUGUUUAUCUCUUGGUGACUUGAACAACACGAUAUAAUGGGCGUUUAGGCUGAUAUUUCUCAUUUCUUUGCCUUGAUGAAAUAUAUUUUGAACAAUAUAGAUGAUAGAUAAAUUCCGAUGAUGACUUCCUUUCGUAAAAAGAUCAGAAAUACGUUUAUCUUUGCCAGAUUGAGCCAUAAGGUCGUCCAAUACGAUCAAAUUCCGUUGCGAUACGUCCAAGUAAUCUGCGUUGUCGAUGUCUUCGGGGAUGCCCUGAUUAAACUCGAUUCCAGGCAUCGUUCUCAUCAUAUCAAAAUAGGGGGGUUGCCAUUGACCAUAACACCAAAUGAUACGUUGAGGAGCAGGACUUAUAGUUUUCUGUGCAUUCUCCAAGAGAGAUUUUACCCAUACAGUUUCGCCGCUUUGGGUACACCCAGCUACGAUGCACGUAAAUGGGUGUUGCAAAACUGCAGAUCCAUUAGUCGUCAUGCGAAUGUUGUCGGUUAGUUUUUGAUCAUGCACUUUUUGUUUGUGUCGAUUUAAAUUGAAUGGUUUAGAGAAAUAUUUCCCACAGAUAUGACAUGAAUGAGACAUGUUUACUCUAUGACGAAUAGUUAGAUAAUAAAUCUCUCAGAUAGAAACCGAGUUUAUAAAACUAGUAUCUCGUAGCCAACUCCCUAGUCUCGGACCCAAGCUCCUUCGGCUUGAAGCCAGCUCCUUAGGCUCGGAGCCAGCUCCUUAGGCUCGGAGCCGAGCUCCUUGGGCUUGGAGCCAGCUCCUUAGGCUCAGAGCCAGCUCCUUAGGCUCGGAGUCAGCUCCUUAGGCUCGGAGACGAGCACCUUAGGCUCGGAGCCAGCUCCUUAGGCUCGAAGCCGAGCUCCUUAGGCUCGGAGCCAGCUCCUUAGCCCCGGAGCCAGCUCCUUAGGCUCGGAGCCAGCUACUUAGGCUCGGAGCCAGCUCCUUAGGCUCGGAGCCGAGCACAUUAGGCUGGGAGCCAGCUCCUUAGGCUCGGAGCCGAACUCCUUAGGCUCGGAACCAGCUCCUUAGGCUCGGAGCCGAACUCCUUAGGCUCGGAGCCAGCUCCUUAGGCUCGGAUCCGAGCUCCUUAGGCUCGGAGCCAGCUCCUUAGGCUCGGAGCCGAGCACCUUAGGCUCGGAGCCAGCUCCUUAGGUUCGGAGUCAGCUCCGAGCUCCUUAGGCUCGGAACCUUGUCUAAAUUACUUUCUCUCUUCCGAUAUAAGCUUCCUUAUUGUUGUGUUUUACUCAUUUGCUUCCAAACCGUCGAACAGAAAUGAUCAAUCUUCGAAGGCACAAACCAUUUCUUGAAUUGUUGGGCACGUCUGAGCCUGAUCAACAAAAAGCACUACUGGAAACAGCAACCGCCGGGCAAGUACACUGCCUGUGUCUCUGUGUAGAAAACGUUAUGAAAAGAAAAUAUUUAAUGUCGAAGCAUGUAAUGAAGAAACUCCGACCUUACAAACAUGAAAUGCUUAGGUUGGUAGAUAGAGGAAAAUGUGGAAGAAGAAAAAUACGGAUACUCGUUCAACAUGGUGAAGGUUUCCUUGGACUAUUACUAAGUCCUAUUUUGGAAAGCCUGGCUGAACUUGUAUAA